UUUAUUAGUUUAUCCUGGAAGGCUUGGGCUUGGGCCGGCCGGUUUGACUCGGCGGCGGACGGCGACGCGCCGACGUGUCUCCGCCGCCCCGCUCACAUCCGCCCCCGCGCCAUCCGUCCACGUGUUCGCGCCUCUGGAACGGACUCCCCCGCCUGCACCUUCUUUUCCCUCGCGCCGCGGCGCCCGUUCUUUCCGAGUCCCGCGGAUAUAACUACAACCAGCCGCCCCCUUCCUCCGCAGCUCCGCUCCCCUUCCCCCCUCGUUUUUCCUCUGCGCACUUUUUCUCGUUUCCAGCCUUCCAGGCAGCCACGCCUCGCCCGUUCUCGGAUCCCCUCCAAAACGGUCAAAGCCAAACCAGCCAAAUCGCGCGCGGCGGCGGCGGCGACGAGAACGAGACGGACGCGCGCGCGCUAGCUGAAUCAGGUCAGGAAGGAGGAGAGCCGCCGGCGAGCACAGCAGCAAUGCCUUACUGCGAGGUGGGCAGGUACGCGGACGGCGACAAGUGGGAGGGCGUCCGCGUCUACUACCGCCGCUACGGCCGCGGCGCCACCAAGGUGCUCCUCAUCAUCGGGUUGGCGGGGACGCACGACUCGUGGGGCCCGCAGAUUAAGGGGCUGACGGGGUCGCUGGAGCCGGCCGACGACGAGGCCCUGCGGCCGGACGAGGAGGCCGCCGGCGGCGACGGCGACGGCAUCGAGGUCUGCUGCUUCGACAACCGCGGCGCCGGCCGCAGCUCCGUGCCCCCGAACAAAUCCUACUACUCGACGGCAAUCAUGGCGACGGAUGCCUUGGCCUUGAUGGAUCAUUUGGGGUGGAAGAAAGCUCACGUCUUUGGCCACUCCAUGGGUGCCAUGAUUGCUUGCAAGCUUGCGGCGAUUGCGCCUCACAGGCUAUGUUCGCUGGCAUUGCUUAAUGUCACUGGAGGUGGCUUUCAGUGCUUCCCAAAGGUAGAUGGGCAGAUGCUUUCUCUUGCAUUCCGUUUCUUAAGGGCAAAAACACCAGAGGAAAGAGCCCUUGUGGACUUGGAAACGCAUUAUACGAAGGAAUACCUUGAGGAGACUGUUGGGUCGUGUACCAGAAGAAUGGUCCUCUAUCAAGAAUAUGUGAAGGGCAUAUCGUCGACAGGGAUGCAAUCUAAUUGUGGUUUUGAAGGGCAAAUCAAUGCAUGUUGGACUCACAACAUGACUACUAAGGAGCUAGAUACAAUACGAUCUGCCGGCUUUCUAGUUUCAGUUAUUCAUGGAAGGUACGAUAUCAUUGCGCAAUUGUGCCAUGCAAAACGUCUAGCAGAAAGCCUUCUUCCUGUUGCAAGAAUGGUAGAACUUCAUGGUGCACAUCUAGUGAGCCAUGAAAGACCAGACGAGGUGAACAAUGCACUUAUGGAUCUGAUAAAGGCCACCGGAUCUGCGAUGAAACCUGAAGAGUGGUCAGCCCAGCCUGAGAACACAUCGGAGACCGGGGCACUCAUUUCCGCGAGGCCCAUUACCGUCACGAUGCGAACAGAUGAAGGGGUGAUAGUCAUGGGGUUUGAGCACAUCAGGAACAUUGUAAGGAUAAUGAAGCCAGCAAGGGUUGCACCAAUUGACUCGUGAGGUAAAUAAAAGGAUACGCAUCCUGCUCCCUCGAUUGCAAUACCAAACAAAUUAUUAUUUGCCUUGUGGCUUCGCACCUACUGAACUUCCUCUGAUUCUGCAGGACCAAAAUACGUGUAAAUUAUUCUUUGAGACCUUGUUGUGGGAGUCGAGAUGAUACUUUUUCACUUCUCCCCCAUACCUGGAGAUGAUGAUUUUAGAGUAGCAUCUCCAACACAUGUGAAACUCUUCGGAGGAAAGGCCUGCUCAUAGUGGCAGAAUAAUCCGACACGGAUAACACUGAACAAACAGUGCCCGCCUGGACAGAAGUGUCUGGGCCACGGUUGGUGUAUGCACAUGUACCUGUAUAAAGAGUAUCUGUAACUUGCUGCUUCUAUUUCACGGCCACAUGCUGUGCUGGUGCUGUCCACCAUGCUUCUGUACCAUACUGAAAUUUCAAAACCAUUC